CCUACUCGAUAAAAUUUCACCUACGGGAAUAGACACCGGCCAUUACUCCUCUCUCUCUCUCUCUUUUUCUCAAAUAAAAGAGAAGAGUUCUGAGCUUUGCUUAUAAUAAAUUGAAAUUCUUUGUAAAGGGGUUUCUUGUUUCUCAGUAAUACAUAUAUAUAUAUACAUAUAUACAUAGUAGUACACUCACUACUAGUACUAUAUCUAUAUAUAUGUGUUCUGGUUCAUGUGUGUAUCUUGAGCAAGGAAUUAGAGAAGAAUUUUUUAUUGUAUGAUGAUGGAGUCUUCUUCAGAGAAAAAUGUUAAUGAUAUUAUUAUAAAUUCUUGCCAAGAAGAAGAAGAAGAAGAAGAACAACAACAUUUUCAUGUUUUGGCCGUGGAUGAUAGUCUCAUUGACAGAAAGCUCUUGGAAAAGCUUCUUAAAGUUUCUUCUUACAAAGUGACAUGUGUUGACUCCGGGGACGAAGCUCUGAAGUAUCUGGGUUUGGUUGAUCAUCAAGAUUAUUCAGACAAAAAUUCCAGUGCUUCUUCUUCAUCAUCCUCAACCCCAAACUCACCCCCACAACCACAACCACAAGAGUUGGGGUUAAAAGUCAACUUGAUCAUGACAGACUAUUGUAUGCCCGGGAUGAGCGGCUAUGAUUUACUUAAACGAGUCAAGGGAUCUUUUUGGAAAGAUGUACCAGUUGUAAUAAUGUCAUCAGAGAAUGUACCUUCUAGAAUCAACAAGUGUUUAGAAGGAGGGGCAGAGGAAUUUCUGCUAAAACCACUUCAGUUAUCAGAUUUAAAGAAACUUGAGAAUUACCUUCUCAAACCCCUGGACGACGAUCGUGAGCAUAAUUUUUCUUCUUGCCAAAGCAUUAAGGACGAUUACGAUUUCACAGCAAACGAGGUUGUUGCUAUUGAAACCGUGAACGACAUUAUUAUUAUUGACAAUAACAAUAAUAAUAAUAAUAAUAUAAAGGUGAGCAAGAGAAAAGCAUCAGCAUCUCAACCAGGGCCUUCCGAGAGAAGAAGACCGAGAGUCGAAGGACUAUAGCUGUCUUGUGAAAAUGUUGAUCACGAGAUUAUCAUCAUGCUAUAUAUAUUAACCUAGCUAUUGCUAUAUACUAUAUACUAUAUAUAUAUGUAUAUAUAUAUGUGCAUGGAUGCAUGCAUAUGAUAUAUAUAGCAAUAGUUUGAGUAGUACCAUGUGCAAAGGAUAUUCCUACGGCCAAAUAAUUAUUUUUUGGUUCUUGCUGGUCAUAUAAGAUAACUUAUUUGGCAGUUUGGUUUUGUUGUAAUCUGCAUUUUGGUACAAGGGUUUUGGUAAAUAAAAAUAAAAGAACAAAAAAUGCAAAGUUUAAUGCUGUUGUACUUUAA